CAAGGGCUGGGACUGACGGCAGGAGCAGUGUGUCUGAUCCAUUCAGCACAGGCUCUUCGUCCAUUUUAGCCAUUUCUUGUUGUGUAUUUGUAGUUUUCUGUUGUAGCAGUAAAAGCACAUCUGUGCACCAUGUUGUCGGUGUAUUCAACCCGUCAGCUCUGCAAAAUGUUUUUCUCUCUGCACAUUGUUUUCCUGAGCGUGGCGUUUGUGGACAGCAGUGCACCCAAUGAGAAUCAAAAAGACUGUAUGAGAUCUAAUGGAGUGGAGUACAGAGGGGAACAACAGAGCUCCUCCUCAGGUCUGACCUGUCUAAACUGGACCAACUCUACAAAGGACUAUGAUAUUAUAAGCCAUCCAGAUUCACAAACAGGUGUGGGAGAUCACAAUUACUGCCGAAACCCAGACUCUUCUGAGAGGCCUUGGUGCUACAUUGCUGGCCCAGAUGGAGCAGUUCAGAGACAAUUCUGCUCCAUUGACACAUGCAGAGAGGAAAGCUCUACUGUGGCACCAGAAGCUGAAUCCCUCCACCCUACAGGAACUACCCCUUCCACAGAGAGUUUUCAGCCUGCCAAGAAAGUCGAUGCACAGCCAGUAAUGGGAAUCAGCCAAAGAGUGCGGACAUUACCCAAAAAGAAAAAAGACCUUGGCACGCUUGGCUAUGUCCUCGGCAUAUUCAUGAUGGCCAUUAUAAUCAUUCUUGGUGCAGGCAUCACAUUUGGCUACUUCUAUAAGAGGGGUCGAGACUUAAAGAAGCAGCAUGAGCAGCGAGUUUACGAGCGCGAGAUGCAAAGAAUCACCCUCCCGCUGUCGGCUUUCUCCAACCCCACCUGUGAGCUGAUAGACGAGAACACCAUCGUCAUUACAGCAGAGAACGAAACGACGCCCGUACAGGAGGGAAUUGAGGGCGGGGACCCACUUAUGGGCCAACAAGCCGGUACUCCUGGAGCAUGAGUAGACACAUAGUCCACAGAUUGGACCUUAGAUGCAUUUUUAGUGGACCAAGAAACUCCCACCGUCCUUUUCUCCUUUGUGCGAGUAGGGAAGUGGUGUUCACUCCAAAGACUUGAUCUGAAUGCUGUCUUCUUUGUGUCCCUUUUCCUCAGUUGUUGUUUUUUUUUUUAACAUAUCUGAUAACGGACACAGAUGAAAACGUAUUUCCUAACAACUAGACACAAUUAAGGUAAACUGGUUGUUCAGGAGCAUUUGUCACACAGUCUUUAAUUUUCAUGUUUGAUAACUUUGAUAGCUGAGGAAAUGCGAAUGGGCUGCCCUCCUUAACAGCAUGAAUAUGCAGCGGAUAUUGACUUGUCAGUGUUUAUAAAAAUGUGUGAUGAAACUGGUGUUUGACUGAGGGACAGCUCAUAUAAUCUUUUGUUUUUUUACUGUUUCCAUGUGAAGGUGCUCUCCACAGGAGGUGUGGUUACAGUAUGAAUAUGUAACUGAUUUUCACUUGUGUCGACGUAGAGGCUGUGCCGAAGGAAGACACAGACAUGUAUUUAUAAAGACUGCUUUGUCUUGGAGACAAAAUGGUGACACAGAUGGUUAUGUGUCCAAAAAUAGUCAUCCUCCUUUGAGACAGGAUGGAGGGAACAUGAGAUAAAAUAAGCCCACUGAAGACAACUCAGAAACUGCCUUAGCAUGAUUCUUCUGAAUGUAUUUGUAUAUCUUUUCUUAAUUUUUCUGUGUACUCAACUGAUGGGCCAUUGCAGUUACAGAGCAUGAUGGCGUUUUUUUUUUUUUUUUUCGAUAUACGUGAAAGAGGACAUGCCCUUUUCUUCCACAGGUUAAGGAGUGACAGGAAAUCCAGUAUGCUCUCGGGAGUCAUGAGAGACAAUAGUUAGUCCUCAGGACAAAAAGGCACUGCUGCAACACAGAGCAGAUGGGAUGAGGAAAAAAGGCAAACUGAGUCUGCUUUUUUUUCGGAGCUGAACAAAGCGUGUUGACGUGCUGAAGAAGCCCAGUGCUUAGAUUAGAUUCAGACAUUUUGAGUUAUGCACUUGAUGCUUCAGGGUAGAGUCAGGAAUGGAGUAGGAUAGAAAGUCCAAAGUCUGGUGUUAUUGAUUCAAAAACAUGAAUGCAUGCACUUGGUUACUUGCUGUAAGUGUGUAUUCAGGGGCCAUUUUUCACAUCUUAAAUACAACAUUUAGAGACAAGAAGCCUGAUGAUCGACAUCAUUUAACAUAUAAGAUUUUAUUUUGCACCUCUUGUCAGUGAAUUUGUUAUCACUCCAGAACUUGUUUGUUCGUGUCACUGGCGAUCUUCGGUUACUACUGCUCCAUCGUUUUAUGUGUCCAUGUGCUGGAUGUAAUGAUUUUCUCCAUAGUAGCAACAUGUUAAUAAUAUUGUUCUUCACCAUUUGAAUUGUAGGUCUUGUGGUUGUAUGAAUGUCAGAUUUUCACUGCUGAGACUGAAAUAAAAUUUUAAACACAAA